UUUCCCAGUAAUGAAACCUCACAACCAAAACAUCUAACUACCCCAAAUACCCCACUGAAUUUCUCUCCGUUCUAAACAUCAAUAUAAGCGACAAAAAAAUGGUUUGCUUCUGUUUCUUAGUUGAUCAAACAAAGCAGGUGUGUAAGAGCAAACCAGCGGCCGGAACAUGUUCCCGGUGCGGUGGUGGAGCAAGUGUUGCUGAUAUGAAAACUGCUACUAGGUUUUGCUAUGUACCUUUUUACUGGAAAAACUGGAAAGCUAUUAUCUGUACAUUCUGCGGUGCCAUUCUCCGCUCUUACCGAUGAAAUUAAUAUCGUGUUUGAGUCUCACAUUGGUUAAGAGAAUGAAACGUAACAUUAUUAUAUGGUUUUGGACAAUUAUCAGCAGCUCAUACGAUAGUUUUUGGAGUUGAAUCAGGCCGAAGUCCAUGUUACUAAAAUAUAGUGUGUAUUGCAGCUUCUUCUCAACAGGCUGGAUGAGUAAUUUUUGAACUAGAUUUCUUUCAUUUUUCUUCUUAAUUAUUCUUUUUUGUCUUCGGAUUUAUUAUUUAAUUUGUUAGAUGAUGAUUUAAGCUACCAUUAUUAUUUUAGGAAGAAAAAUGUACUAACAGCUACUAUUGUAAAUAUAUUUGAGAAAUAGUAUUAUUGGAUCUA